CCCGGCGACCCUGCAGCGCCCAUCUCAUCUGGAAUCGCUUUGCCCACAUGGCAGAUGCUGCAAACAAGUAAGCAAGCAAUGGGUGCUGUAAGUUUAAAAAUUGGCAGAGGCUUGACUGCGCACCUUGCACGCGGGAACGUGACGGGUGACGUCAUCAGAGUAUUCGACGCAGGGACCAGUAAUCCUACACGCCGAAGCCUAUCGUAA